GGGCAACAUCUGUUUUGAUCGCCAAACUCAUUUCGUGUCGAUUUCAGUUCUUAAUCAGGAGUUCUUUCAUUACAAAACUCUCUUGGCGAUGUCUUGAUAUAACAAUAUCUUUUUAUAUUCAUCCUCUUAGAUAAAAAAAAAUGACGUCAAACACCAAAAAGCGUUCUUUCUCGAGCUCUGGAGAUUCUUUAUAUGAAUUAUUAGGUGUCAAAAAGAAUGCUUCAAAUGACGAAAUAAAAAAGGCUUUUAGAAAGUUAGCAUUAAAAUUUCACCCAGAUAAAAAUUUAGAUGAUCCUAAUGCAGCAGACAAAUUUAAAGAUAUUAACCAUGCACACUCUGUCCUUUGUGAUAGUUCAAAACGACGAAUAUAUGACCAGUAUGGGUCUCUUGGGCUGUAUGCAGCAGAGACCGUGGGAGAAGAAAAUGUUAGCUUCUAUUUUCUGUUAAAUAGUCGAUGGGCAAAGGCCUUGUUUUGUUUCUGUGGAUUGAUAACGGGUUGUUACUUCUGCUUGUGUUGUUGCUGUUGUUGCAACUUUUGUUGUGGAAAAUUUCGGCCACAAAUGGAUCAAGAAGAUAUGGAUUAUUCAUUCCUACAUAAGGAUCCUGAAAAAGGGGACUUUGAUCAGCCACGGGAAGAACUAAGUAGCGAUUCUUCAGAGGCUACCCCAGUCGUCUCACAGCCAACUGCUUCAGGCCACCCAGCAGAAGGAGAGGGAGUUCAGGAAGCUACCGGAAAUGUGACAGAAACAACAGUUUUAAGUCAAGACGCCAAACCAAACUACGGUGCUGAUGGUGCAAUUCCUUUACCGGAAUCUUAAAUUGUCUUUGCCUAACCUGCAUGUAGGUGCCCCUGGUCCUUGUAGAAACUGUGCCAAUUGGUGGCGUGAUGAAAGGAACACAUACCUAUGCUUUUGAUGAAUUGGAUCUCAUUUGGUUGAGGAAUUCUUUAAUAAUUCUUAUCUAGAUUAUUCUGCCUCUUUUUCAUUUUAUAUUGUUCGCCCACUUUUUUUUACCCAAAUUCUCUUUUGUCUUUUGUUUCUUUUUUUCUUUCUCUUUUGGCUCAUCUUCAUCGUUAUUCUCAGAUGGCAAACUGACAGAAUUGUUUUUCUGUGUUGGACAAAAUGCUUAGCAGCAUUUCGUCCGGCUCUCCACUUUCUAUUUUGAAAUUUCGCCAAGGUCAACUUUGACUUUCAUCCUUUUGAGGUCAAA